UACCGCUCUGGCUCCGAGCUCACCCGGACCAGAAUAUACUUGAACACCCCCUCAGGGUCUAUUACGACCUCAGGCACAGAGUCUAGGUCGGCCAUGAUGACACCUGGUGGCGGGAGAGGCGGUGCUUGAGUGAUCACGUCGUCAUGUCGCAGGCGGGUCUGCUGGAGGAGAUGAGCGGAUGGAGCCGGGAGAUGUGUCAGAGGGAGCUGCCGGCCGCGCUGCCUAAACUCCUCUCAAUGUUUCAGAGCUCUGAUGACUGGAAGGAAGAAAUACGGUUGUUCAAAAUUGUUACAGAGAUGUUUCUGCCUCAUAUCACUGUUGUGGACUUGGAACAAGACGUAUUCUUACAGCUUCUACCAAGGGCUGUGAAGCAUUUUCACAACUUGGUAUUUGAAAUCUCAAGUCAGGCGUCCCAAUUAUCAAGUCAAAACACUGAACUAAAGAACACGUUACGAAAUAUUCUCCAGGAUAUGACUCAGUGGAUAGAAGCGUUAACAACUUGUGUGCGCUAUGUCUGUUCCAUCGAGGAACCAGUGACCUUCGAAAAUAUUCAGUCUCUUCCUUCAUCUGUGCUGCAGGUUCUUAUAGUAGUUUUCACCCACUGCAAGGAUGGUGAUUCCGUAUAUUGUGGGAGACUCCAUUUGGUUUCUGAUUUACUUCAAGCUCUUUUCAAAGAAGCUGUGUCCCUUGAAAAACAGUUGAUGGAAUUGCUGGAUAAAACUACUCUAAGUGCCUCGGCAUCAGCUGAUGAAAUUACAGGCAUGGUCUCUGUGAUGCAUACAUUCUUAGAUAUUUGUGCGGUUGUCUCCAAAAUAGAUCAUGCCCUGCAUGCGAAUACAUGGAAAUUCAUCAUUAAACAGACCCUCAAACAUCAUUCAUUAGUAAAAAGUCACAUGCGACAUGAUGACAUUGUAAGUUCCUUGUGUGAUGAUAUUCUACUAUCAUUCCAGUCGUGCUUAGACCUGACAGAACAUAUGAAGCUUACAGGAACACAGGAAAGUACAGACCAAAAAUUGUUCCAGAAAACUGUGAAGCUGUGUCGAUUCCUUGCCAACUCCCUUGUGCACUACACUAAGGAAUGCAUGCCGUUUUUAUCAGGAUCCUGUGUCUGUCUCCAUCGGUUAUACCUUCAGAUACAUAGUUUGUUUCCUCCAAGUCUCUAUGCAGCCUCCAUGUCUGAUAUUCAUAAAAAUGAAAUCCGCAGUGCAUUCCUAGUGGUUCUCGAUGCACUUAUUCUGCAGUUAUUGUCAUCCAAGCCAUUUAUGGAGUUGGCCUUGAAUAAAUUUCAGGAUCUCCCACCUGAACAUCAUUUUUCUCAUUGCUUGCUUCUGAUAAACAUUGUGAAAAAAAUUCCCACCCUACCUGAUGAGUUGCAGAUUUUAUGGUGCUCAAGUAGCAAAUCUUCAGAAAGGAUAUCUAUAUUUAAAGCUGUGCUGCAGAGCUUUGCAAGAUGUUCUCCUGAGAUAGCCCUUCCAGUUGUUUUGCAGGAUGAGAUCGAGAAAGGGCAUAACCUACUACCUAUUACUUUUUAUCAAUAUGUCUGCUCCCACCUUUGUGCCUAUAUUGUAUCACUCCCUCCAGGCUGCUUUGCUGAACUGGAGCAUGCUCUUCUAAAUGCUGUUCUAAGUGAUAGAAUAUUUGAGAGCCUUUUGGCAAUCGACGUGUGGUGUUUCUUAGCACGAUAUGGGACUGCAGAACUCUGCGCUCACCAUGUUAAGAUUAUAGCCUUCUUGGUAAAGUCAAGCCCUAGGAAUGCUUACCAGCUGGCUCACCUAACUGUUCUGCUUAGGCGUCUGCUCUUCUUGAUGGAUGCUGGUCACCAGGUGGAUUUCCUAAAAAAUUUUUCUCCAGCACAAGCAGAAAACUUUUCUUUCUGGCAGCAUGUUUCCCUUUCAUCCCUACCAAGUUCUUUAAGAACACAGGUAGAAGCUGGGCUAUUCACUGCAGCGUUAUCUCAGUGCAAAAGCUUACUUAGUGGCAAGUUUUCAGCUGAGGACAUACAGCUGUUGAAUGUGUCACUUUCGGCAAUGUUGACAGCAUGCCAUCUGAAGAGGAAUCUUGAUGCACAGCAGCAGUCUGAUGUUAUAGAAAUUAUCUUUCAGCUAUGGUCACUUUUUAGCAUGAUGCAGAUCUCAGGACAACCUUGCUUUCUAGAAAUGAUUUGCCUUUUUUUGGAUUUGCUUACUUUUGUUGUAAAAAAGGUAGAACCCACCAUGCUGAAACAGGUUGUUUCCUUGAUUUCAUCCCUGUGUCAACAAGACUGCCCAUCACAUGUGAAGUUGACAGUCUUAGACUUUUUAUCAGGCCUCGGAAGAAUUACUAUCCCCCAAGAGGUCCAGGUUGUCGUAUUGUCAAACGUCUCGGGCUUGUUCUCAUUGCUCCUUGCAGAUAAAACAUGGAUUGUUAAGCAACAUGCAUUAGAGGCUUUUGCUCAGUUUGCUGAGGAAACAAGCUAUGAAGAGAUUGUGCCACAAAGUCUCCGGUCAGAGGAGACCAAGAACCACUUUGUGUGUUUUUUAAGCAAGAACAUUCUUCUCACUGAAGAAGAUAAAAGAAGAUUGCAACGACUUAAAGAUGAAAAACAAGUUUUAGAGACCUUUUAUGGUAAAACUACAAAGAAACACGAAGAAGAACCAAUUUCCUUAGAGCCUUCUGCAAAGCGUCCUCGGCAAGCUGCAUUCACUGAUGACGAAUAUGAAACACACAUCAAAACUGCAGAGAAAUCUUUAAUGUCAAUACAGUCCCUAUUGCUGGAAAGCCCCACACCAAAGUGGCUUCCAGAAAAACUUUGCACUAUUCAAAGCCUCUUAUCAAAAAUACAAAAAACUGCAGAAAAGUUAUAGCAUACAUUGUUACACAGAUACUUUGAAAAUGAUUGGUAUUUGGAAGACCAAUGAAGAUACUGAAUAUCACAGUUGUAUCAACUGCAUUCACUGUCACUACUGCUGCUAUAAAUGUACACAUGGAUAUAAGCUAAAAAGUACUGGACAUUGUCAUAUUAAAAUAUGUCUUAGAUUUGUAUAUGAAGUAGUGGUUUAUUUUUUAUUUUUUCUCCUUCUUUAAUCUCUUAUGUACUAUAUUGUCAAGCAAGAAUCUUCCUGUUUUUAUGGAUAAGUGCACCGCUUCAGCUAUUUUCUGACUUACACAGUUACACGUGCUGCAUGCCUUCAUCUAUAUAUUAUUACUUUCUCUGCCAUUUACAGUUCUGGCUGUAAAUGUUGGCACCCCUGAAAUUUUUCUACAAAAUGAAGUAUUUCUCACAGAAAAGGAUUGCAAUAUCACAUGUUUUGCUAUACACAUGUUUAUUCCCUUUGUGUGUAUUGGAACUAAACCAAAAAAGGGAAGAAAAAAGCAAAUUGGACAAAAUUAUUGGCACCCUUAACUUAAUAUUUGGUUGCACACCCUUUGGAAAAAAUAACUGAAAUCAGUCGCUUCCUAUAACCAUCAAUAAGCUUCUUAUACCUCUCAGCCGGAAUGUUGGACCACUCUUCCUUUGCAAACUGCUCCAGGUCUCUCCCAACAGCAAUUUUAAGAUCUCUAAUGGGAUUUAGAUCUGGACUCAUUGCUGAACUCUCACUCUCUCUGGACUUCAGAACUCGACAGCGCUUUGUUGCCAUCCAUUUCUGGUGCUUUUUGACGUAUGUUUGGGGUCAUUGUCCUGCUGGAAGACCCAAGAUCUCGGACGCAAACCCAGCUUUCUGACACUGGGCUGUACAGUGCAACCCAAAAUCUGUUGGCAAUCCUAAGAUUUCAUAAUGCCUUGCACACAUUCAAGGCACCCAGUGCCAGAGGCAGCAAAAAAAAAUAAAAAAAUUGAACCUCCACCAUAUUUCACUGUAGGUACUGUGUUCUUUUCUUUGUAGGCCUCAU